AUGGCAGCUGAAACAGGCAAAUAUAGGACUGCUGUAAACAAAAACAAAGACCCCUCUGGUCUUCUUAUCUCUGUUAUAAGGACUCUGUCCAGCAGCGAUGAUGUGCAGGACAGAGAGACAGAGAAGGGUCGUCUGGAAGAGGCCUUUGAAACCUGCGAUAGAGAUUUGGAUAAACUGAUUGUUCAGCAUUACGCUGAACUCACUACUGCAAUCCGGACCUACCAGAGCAUCACAGAGCGCAUCACCAGCUCCCGCAAUAAGAUAAAACAGGUGAAGGAGAACCUGCUGUCUUGCAAAAUGCUUCUCCACUGUAAGAGGGAUGAGCUGAGGAAGCUGUGGAUAGAAGGCAUUGAACACAAGCAUGUUCUCCAGCUGCUGGAUGAAAUUGAAAGCAUCAAACAGGUUCCUCAGCGUCUCGAGACCUAUAUGGCAAGCAAGCAUUACCUUCACGCCACUGACAUGUUGGUGACAGCCGUGGAGUCCCUGGAAGGCCCCUUGUUUCAGGUUGAAGGGCUCGGAGAUCUUCGGCUGGAGCUCAAAAACAAGAAGCUUAACAUCCACUUAGUGCUCAUCGACGAGCUGCACCGUCACCUCUACAUCAAGUCCACCAGUCGCCUCGGACACAAGAACAAGGACAAAAAUGCCUCUCGACUUCCAGGGUCCUUGACUAAAGAUACAUCUCCGAUGCCUGUUUUGGAAGUGAGCGGCUUGUCAACUCCACGCAAGCUUCUGGACUCUUCACAGUUCAGCACACCUGGAUCCAGCAGUGUGCGCGAGCUGCAGCAGGACAUUCGUGAUCUGAGUCAAGCAGACCUUUCUGAAGUGGAUCCAGAGGAAAACAGCGCUGAGUUUAUGGGAAUACUCAUCAAGGCCCUUGCAAAACUGAAGAAACUUCCUGAUACCACUAAAGCCAUAAUGGAGCGACUGGAGCCCGAGCUGAAACAGAUCGUCAAGAGAUCCACCACUCAGAUAGCAGAUCAUGCUUACCAGAGAGGAGAAAACCUGGCGCAGGAGAGCCAGCCAAGGCUGCUGUUGGAACUGCUGGAGCUUUUGUUUGACAAGUUCAAGGCGGUUGCCCAGGCUCACAGUGUGGUGCUGGCCCACAUGCAGCAGAUUGCUGCACACACUCCGGGUGUGACCCAUGAGGAGAGGAUCAAGCUCUACGAGCAGGCUGAUGUAUCUGCCAAGAUCCAGGCAGUGCUGCAGGUUCUGCUGAUGGAGUAUCUGGAUGUGAAGAACAGCCGCAGUUCCACUGAGCAGUCGGCUCAGCUCUCCUAUGCCAGCACCGGCAGUGAGUUUGCUGCCUUCUUCGCCAAGAAAAAACCCCAGCGUGCCAAACAGUCACUGUUCAAGUUUGAGUCAUCGUCCCAUGCAAUCAGCAUGAGUGCCUACCUGAGAGAACAAAGACGAGAACUUUACAGCAAAAGCGGAGAAUUACAAGGUGGUGCUGAUGACAACCUGAUCGAAGGCGGAGAAAUGAAGUUUGUGUGUAAGCCAGGAGCGAGGAACAUCACUGUGAUCUUCCAGCCUCUUCUAAGAUUCAUCCAGGAGAUAGAGAUGAACAUGGGACCCAGCCAAGCCAAGCAGUGCCAGCUCCGAACUUUCCUCACCUACUACAUUAAUGACCUUUUUCUUAACCAGGUGCGGACCGAGAUCAACAAGGAAAUCGAAGCAGUCAGUAAGGCUGCUGACCCCUUGAAAAUUCUUGCUAGUGCUGAUACGAUGAAGUUCGUUGGCGUCCAGAGACCUCUGCUUCAGAGCACUGUGGUUGUGGAAAAGUCCAUCCAGGACCUCAUGAACCUGAUGCAGGAUCUGAGUGCGUACUCCAACCAGUUCCUGGAGAUGGUCUGUGACAAGCUCAAAGAAUACAAGGAAAUCUGCAACACAGCCUAUAGGGGUAUAGUCCAGUGUGAGGAAAAACUAACCAUCAGUGCUUCCUGGGCUAAAGAUGAGGACAUCAGUCGUCUCCUCCAGUCUCUUCCAAACUGGACAAAUAUGGCGCAACCCAGACAGACAAGACAGAAGAGGGAAGAUGAAGAGGAUUUUACACGCGCUGCUUUUGCUAAGGAGUCAGAGGUUCUGACGGGGAACCUGGGAGAUAAAUUAAUCCCCCAAAACGAGAUCCUGCGAGAUGUCAGCGACCUCAAGGCUCUGGCUAACCUUCAUGAGAGCAUGGAGUGGCUCGCUGGUCGCCUGAGGUCUUUCUUCACCAAUCUGCCUCAGAUGUCCAGUGCCUGUCCAUCCACUGCAGACAGCCAGGUGCUUGGUGAGAGCGAACGUAGCAGGGAGCAGAUUCUCCAGACUCUGAGCGAUUUGUCUCGGGGCUUCCAGGAUAUCGCUAAUCGUUGUCUGCUGGUGUUACACCUGGAGGUCAGGGUACAUUGUUUCCAUUACCUGAUCCCCCUCACCAAGCAGGGGAACUAUGCCAUUGUGGCCAACGUGGAAAGCAUGGACUACGACCCCCUGGUGGUCAAACUGAAUAAGGACAUCUCAGCCAUUGAAGAAGCCAUGGGAGCCGCCUUGCAGCAGCACAAGUUUCAGUAUAUAUUUGAAGGUCUUGGUCAUCUCAUUUCCUGCAUUCUAAUCAAUGGGGCCCAAUACUUUAAGAGAAUCAGUGAAUCUGGCAUCAAAAAGAUGUGCAGAAACAUCUUUGUCCUUCAACAGAACCUCACCAAUAUCACCAUGUCCAGAGAGGCCGACCUCGACUUUGCUAGGCAGUACUAUGAGAUGCUGUACAACACUCCAGAUGAGUUGCUGAACCUGGUUGUGGACCAGGGCGUUCGCUACACAGAGCUUGAGUACAUCAACGCCCUGUCUCUGCUACACCGCAGUCAGACGGGGGUAGGGGACAUGAGCACCCAAAACGUCCGUCUGCAGAGGCUGAAGGAGAUCAUCUGCGAGCAGGCUGCCAUCAAACAGGCCACCAAGGACAAAAAGAUCACCACAGUGUAGCAAGAAAACAGAGGGGAUUACUUUGCCUAGCAUUUUGUGUUCAGUUGUUUUGUUACUGAUCCAUGAGAUCUCUAAGAGAGUAAAGAUUGCUUUAGACGUGAGAUUGUAUGAAUUUAUUUUGAGGUGCGUCACUUGUGUUUUCUUGCCUGAUGUGACGAUAAGGGUUGUAGUCGAGAGCUGACACAGACGUACACGAUUCCACUUCUUGAAAUGGAGAUCAUCGAUAAGCUUACGCUGCACUGACUCGCUCUAAUUGGAAAGUUAGAUGACAGCCACCGCCACCACAAACUUUGCAAGUCUACUUUCUAUAUCAGGCAUCUUGCAUUGUCAGUUUUCACUUUUUAAAAGACAUAAAUUCUCGCUGCACUCCAAAACCUGCUAACAACCCCCAACUCUCCAAAACAACAGCUCCGGUUUAAACGACACCAUCUUGGACAGUCACCUGAACUCGGGCCCUAUCUCAUCUCAUUUUCCUAUUAGAACCCAAGCUGCUGCUCUCCAUUACACCUCCAUCUCUCCUCUCCUGCCAGCCCCUAUGGACUCACUGAUUCCGUUUGCAAUAACAGAUGCCAGAUUAGACUGUCUGAAUGAGGCCACUUCCUCCGCCUGCUGCCAAUUUAGUUUGGUCCCCAAAGAGCUCCCUAGCUUCCCUAGAAUUGUAUCAUAUCUGCAGUUGUCAAAAAUCUGAGUCCUGGUCUGCUUUUUUUAAAGUUUCUGAAGUUGCCUUGUGCAAGGUGUAGGAGAGUAAAUCACAACUUUUUUUUUUCAAAUUAUAUUUUUCAGGUCUAAUAUACUGCAUUCCUUUUUCACAUUUUGAAAUGUUACAACCACAUAUUUUGUUUAUUUUAUUGGGGAUUUUUGUUCCUACUUUCUCAAAAAACACCUGAAGCUCAGUCGAAUUCUGUGGUUAAAUUGGGUGACCGUACAUUUUAAAAAUGUUUAGGGUUGUUGUGCUGCUGGAAGGUGAAUUCUCACCCCAGCCUCAAGUCUUCUUCAUCCACCUUCCCAUCAAUGCUCACUAAAUUCCUCCCUCUGCUGUGGAAAACGGCUCCGCCAGAGUUACAGAAAACCAUAAUAAAAUACAAUAAAGCAUGAAGUUGAAACCGUGAAAAUCAUAGAAAUGGGCAUAAAUACUUGUUCAAAUAUUUCUACAGCAGUCAUUUCCGUAACUAAAAUCAUACCGUCCUGUUUAAAUCCCUAAAAGUAAACCAAGCACCAUGAAAACAAGAGAAGAUCCCAAGUCGCUUCCCUCCCUGUUUUCCGCUCAUUAACUUUGCAGAGAAGUAUUUAACGAGUGGAGGAGAGAGAAAUGGGAGCCUUGUCAAUAUGGCGGUCCCACCACAGGUCUCCUUGAAGCCCACAGAGCAAUCCAUCUUAGUGACACAGCCUGGAAUCGAUGGGGAAACAACGAUGGAGCUGCUGAGUGGUUUGCCUACUCCUCUGUAAUGCACACUUGGUGCAAAAUCCUAGAUGUGCUCAUUCAUUUGUUCACUUCAGAAUUAGUUCUGAAAGGUUACACAUGUGGAAACUUUAAUACAAUAUUCUCCAACUGUGUCGUGCCUCUCGCAUAUGCUGUUAGAUGUUCAUCACACUGCAAGGCUGAUCUUUUUGUCAUGCAAGUAAUUCCCAUAGUUUUUUGGGUUUUUUACACUAGGUUGUGUGUCAUGUUUUUCUUUUCAAUGCACACUAUUUUUGCACAUGUAUUGAAUCCCACUGUAUCACGUUUGUCUUGAUCUUGUUCUAAUCUUUUGUUUUUGUUCCUCAUAUAUAAUCUCAAAUCGGUCUGCUUAAAAUUAGCCUCAUGCGAUUUGUCAGUGCAUAUGAUAAUAAAGAUUUUUAAAAAUCUCUUAAA